AUGCGCUCCGACAGCAAAGACAGCACUACAGCUGUCAGCAACCAUAACGAUCAUACGUCGGUCUUUCCUCCCGAUACUGCAGCUUCGUCCAUUCCUCACGUCCCCGCCAGCGAUGCGUCACCGAGCUCCGAUUUCGUCACUCGCCUGGAGAAGCUCUCAACCAAAGUUCCCGACAUAUGGAUCGCUCCUGUCUGCGGCGCCUUUGCAGGUGUCGCUUCCGGAAUCGUGACCUGUCCUCUCGAUGUGAUUAAAACCAAGCUGCAAGCCCAAGGCGGAUUUUCCCGACGUGCUGCGCAGUCCGGUGAGACGAAAGCUUUAUACCGGGGUAUGUUAGGGACCGGAAAGGUGAUCAUUCGGGAAGAUGGCCUGCGCGGUUUAUACCAAGGACUCGGUCCGAUGCUCAUGGGGUACCUUCCCACCUGGGCAGUUUACCUGGCGAUAUAUGACAAGUCUCGAGAAUACUUCUACGAAGAAACAGGCAGCUGGUGGUUAUCACGAGGCUAUGCUUCAGUUACAGCCGGAGCCUGCUCAACGAUCGUGACGAAUCCCAUCUGGGUGAUCAAGACACGGCUCAUGUCGCAAAGUUUGAAACAAAACAACGAAGGCGCGAGAGCCCCAUGGCAGUAUUCAGGCACAUUAGAUGCCGCCCGUAAGAUGUACCGAAUUGAGGGUUUCCGCUCAUUCUACUCUGGCUUGACACCCGCUCUUCUGGGACUGAGUCAUGUCGCCAUCCAAUUUCCACUCUACGAAUAUUUAAAGAUGGCUUUCACUGGAUAUAGUAUCGGAGAACAUCCGAACAACGGCAGCUCCCACUGGAUUGGGAUUUCAUGCGCCACGUUCCUUAGCAAAAUCUGUGCCAGCACCAUCACUUACCCCCACGAGGUUCUUCGCACGCGACUGCAAACCCAGCAGCGUUCUGCACCCGCUCCUUCAUCAGAAGAGAUUGCUUUCCGCGGUGGCUUGCAUCAUCCACAUGACCGUGGUCAGCCCCGGGUAUUCUCGUCCUCAGACGGCAUGCCGCUUCGUCCUCGAUACGCAGGAAUGUUCCGCACGUGUCAGACAAUUCUCAAAGAAGAGGGCUGGACCGCUUUCUAUUCCGGGAUCGGCACCAACCUGUUCCGGGCCGUCCCGGCUGCUAUGACGACCAUGCUCACUUACGAGUACCUGCGGAAGCUCAUGCACAAUCUUCAGCAUGAAGGCGCGCUAAAGCGUGACAUGGAAGAUAACGGUACCGAUACUGGAAGCACGAUAUGA